AUAUGAAAUGGCUACUAUUUAUGAGGCAAUACAGCUAGCUGAUCAAAAGAACAUACAUGUGGGGGGGAAAUAAGGCCAAUUUUUAACUUCAAAUAGCACACAAGUAAAUGGCUUCAAAAGUUUUUGCAGCCCUUCUUCAACUUCUUGUGCUGUUCUCUAUUUGUUUCCCCAUUGGCAAUGCCAUCGACUUCAAUUACCCUGCAGUUUUCAACUUCGGUGAUUCAAACUCUGAUACAGGAGGACUUGUCGCAGGGGUUGGCGACCGCCUUGACCCACCCAAUGGAUACGUUUACUUCAAGAAACCCGCUGGGAGGUUCUGUGAUGGACAGUUGAUCAUCGACUUUCUAAUGGAGGCAAUGGAUUUGCCAUUGUUGAACCCUUACUUGGAUUCCAUUGGCAUGCCAAGUUUCAGAAAAGGAUGCAACUUUGCAGCUGCUGGUUCCACCAUACUCCCUGCAACAGCAUCGUCUGUUAGCCCAUUCUCAUUUGCAAGGAAAUAUGAAAAGUACGUACCGGCUGAAAGUUUUUUUCAGGGUGGGCUAUACAUGUUUGAUAUAGGCCAGAAUGAUCUUGCUGGUUCCUUUUAUUCCAAGACACUAGAUCAAGUUCUUGCUUCGAUUCCUACAAUUCUGUUGGAAUUUGAAAACAGGAUUGAGGAACUUUAUGAUCAAGGAGGGGCAAGAAAUUUUUGGAUUCACAACACGGGUCCUCUGGGUUGCUUACCUCAGAAUAUUGCAAAUUUUGGGACUGAUCCAAUAAAGCUGGAUGAGUUGGGAUGUGUAUACUCACAUAACCAGGCUGCUAGACUCUUCAACCUGCAGCUGCAUUCACUCUGCAGGAAGCUGCAAGGCAAAUAUGCUGAUGUAAAUAUCACUUACAUUGAUAUUUUCACAAUCAAGUUUGAUCUCAUUGAUAAUUAUUCCAAAUAUGGAUUUGAGCAGGCUACAAUGGCUUGCUGUGGAGUUGGAGGCCCUCCACUGAACUAUGACAGCCGAGUAUCAUGUGGGCAGAUUAAGGUUAUAAAUGGAACGACAAUCACAGCCAAAGGGUGCAAUGAGAGUAGUGAAUAUAUAAACUGGGAUGGCAUUCAUUACACAGACGCUGCAAAUCAGUAUGUUGCAACGCAAAUUCUCACCGGAAAAUACUCGGAUCCGCCUUUCAGAGACCAGAUGCCUUUCCUGCUUAAACUCAAGUUCUAGUGGCCUAACAUGCUUGUCCUUGUUUCAUUCUUUCACAAACACUGUCUAAUAAAUGGCAUCCAUAAUUAAAAUGAUAUUAGUCUGCAAAAUUCCAUUGGUUUUAUCAGCUGUAAUGAAGUUUUUAUUGUAAUGAAAGGGAAAAAAAGGUAAUUAGAAAAGGACAACACAAAGUAGAGGCAUACCUGUUUAUCA